GCAGCAGCACCGGGGCCGAUACGCCUGCGCUAACCCAUCCCCACCCCCAUCAUCUGUUCCUUUGCUCCCACAUCCAUUAUAGGGCAGGUUUGCAUUUAGACUGAGUGAGAGCGAGAAAGAGGUGGGGGGGGGCCGUUGGGAGGAGAGAGAGAGAGAGAGAAGUAGCUGAGAGCGGCGAGCAGGCUAACCAGCAAGCGAGGCUGCAGCCAUGGACGGCGUCAACAAUGGAGCUGCAGAGGAUGCGCUGAGGUGAUCAGUCAGCCAGGCGUCGGCUGAGGGUGACGAUACUCGAGGUGGUGCGGGGUGGGGUGGGGGGGCUCAGGGGGAGGAAGAGGAGGCGAGGAGGGAGGAGGAUGGGCCUGGCGGGCAGACUCGCGAUGGCACAGCAGCAAUUGGAUUAAAGCAGUAUGCUGGACAAGAGCGAGGCGACCACUCUCAGCCUCCCCUCCACCACCAGCCAUGGAGGCUCUGACAGUAACAUCAGCGCGGAGGUGGCCGGGUCAUCAUCGGGGGUCGCGGCUGGAGGCGCGGAGGGCGGCGCUGGGGCCGGCGAGCCUCAGCGGACACGGGCCGCCCUGGAGCACCUGCAGCAGAAGAUCCUGAAGGUGACCGAGCAGAUUCGCGUGGAGCAGGAGGCCCGUGACGACAACGUGGCCGAGUACCUGAAGUUGGCCCACAACGCCGACAAACAGCAGGCUUCCAGGAUCAAGCAGGUGUUUGAGAAGAAGAACCAAAAGUCGGCACAGACCAUCGCACACUUGCACAAAAAAUUAGAGCACUAUCACAAGAAGCUAAAGGAGAUAGAGCAGAAUGGACCGGCCCGCCAGCCAAAGGACGUCCUGCGGGACAUGCAGCAAGGAUUAAAGGACGUGGGGGCCAACGUUCGUGCAGGGAUAAGUGGCUUUGGCGGCGGUGUAGUGGAAGGGGUCAAAGGUGGCGUGUCGGCCCUCACUCACACCGCCGUGGUCUCCAAGCCCAGAGAGUUCGCCAGUCUUAUCAGGAACAAGUUUGGCAGCGCGGAUAACAUCGCUCACCUCAAGGACACGUUGGAGGACGGUGUCGGGGGCCAUGCGGACGACACCCCCACCCCUCGCGCCCUGAGCGGAAGCGCCACGCUGGUCUCCAGCCCAAAGUACGGCAGUGACGACGAGUGCUCCAGCGCCACGUCCGGUUCGGGCGCGUGCAGCAACUCUGGCGGGGCGGGAGGAGGAGGAGGAGGAGUGUUAGGACCCACGAUGGGGAGUCCCAGGUUGGACGGGCACCACCAUCAUCACCAUCACGUGCACAGCUCGUGGGACUCUCUCCUUGAGGGCCUGCAGGAGAUCAAAGUUAGUCAGGCCCACAUGGAGGACACCAUCGAGGACAUGAAGGGCCAGCUGCAGAGCGACUACUCCUACAUGACCCAGUGCCUGCAAGAGGAGAGAUACAGGUAUGAACGACUUGAAGAGCAACUGAGUGACCUGACGGAGCUUCAUCAGAAUGAAAUGAGCAAUCUCAAACAGGAGCUGGCCAGCAUGGAGGAGAAGGUGGCCUAUCAGUCCUACGAGAGAGCACGAGACAUUCAGGAGGCGGUGGAGUCCUGUCUGACGCGCAUCACCAAGCUGGAGCUGCAGCAGCAGCAGCAGCAGGUGGUCCAGCUGGAAGGCGUGGAGAACGCCAACGCUCGGGCGCUGCUGGGCAAGCUCAUCAACGUCAUCCUGGCGCUCAUGGCCGUGCUGCUGGUCUUCGUGUCCACGCUGGCCAACUUCAUCACGCCGCUGAUGAAGACCCGAGCCCGCGUGGCCGCCACCGUCCUGCUGACUGUGCUGCUCUUCGUCUUGUGGAAGCAUUGGGACUUUGUGGAGACCUGGCUUCUGCCCAGCUGAGCCAGAGGAUCAACCACCAGAAGCACACGGGAUGACGACACGCCACACUUUGUCUGACCUUCACCCAAAUGUGGAAACAGAACUACAAUCCAGCUUGCCGAGCAUCUCAUUGAUCUGCUCCAUUGGUGUGGAUGACCAAUCAUUGAUUUACACCGCUGUCACCAAAAACAACAACUCCUGCUAUGCUCUUUGUUUUCUAAUUAGGAGGACACCAUGAAGACAGGAUGAGGAUCUCUCAUGAAUGUUAUGUGCUCGUCGUCAUGCAUGUCCUCGUGUGGCAUGGCUUGACGCUUCAGGAAGGACAACAUGGAUUUGGGAAUAACUGCCAUUUAGUUAGAUACAUUCAUCCGACACUUCAUUAGGUACACCUGCACAAUGUUUUCACACCCAAUAGAGAGACUUACACCAUAAUGCUCAGUUUUGAUAGACACUAAUAAAGUUUUGACACUAAUAAUUUAAUUUAAUUUAAUUUAAUUUUUGUAAAUAAGUACACAUUUAAAAGAUAAUAAUCUUUUUUAUAUUACAAAAUAACAUUAAAUUUAAUUUAAUUUUUAAUUGAAUGAAAAUAAGUACAUUUUAUUCAUAUAACACCUUUCACAGAUAAAAAUCAUCAUUUUUUAAAAUAAUAACAUAAAACAAAUGCAAUUAAUAAAAAGACAAUAAAUAUACGAGUCGCCGCAUGGAUUUCCAGACAUACCCCCCCGUCUAACUAAAAGCCUGAUUAAGUCCAUAUAUUAAUUAAAUCCAUAUUUUUAUAUUUUUAUUUUCUUUUAUUGUAAAUGUAUUGUAAAUAUGUAAGUACAUUCAUAUAACUCCUUCCACAGAUACAAAACAUGAAGUAUUUAUAACAUAAACGCAAUUGUAGAAUAAAAAACACAAUGUAUAGAACAACAACAACAAUUAAGUGUAGCUUAGUAAUUAUUUAUAAUUAAAUUGAUUUGAUAUAUAUAAGAAAAUAUAAAAAGCAAUUGUAAAAAAAAUUAAUAAAAUAAAAUCCUCUUAAAACCCUGGUCUGACUCAAAGCCUGAGUAAUUAUUUAGAAUUAAAUAAUUAUUUGUAUUCUAUUUUAUUUUACUUGAAAAACCACAAUGUGGUUUACAAUAAAAUAAAAUAAAUUAAAUUAUAAAAAUACAUAAAACCUCCCUCUAAUUAAAAGCCAGCUCAGGUCAUUAUUUACAAUUAAAUAACUUCUUUUGUGUCUUUAUUUGUUUAAAUGUUGAUUUAAUUUAAAAUAAGGAAGUACAUUUUAUUCAUAUAACACUUUCCAUAGAUAAAAAUCAAAAAGUGUUUCAUAAUAAAAUAAAACAAAUGCAAUUGUAGAUGCAAUGAAUAAAACAAGUAACAAUUUAACUAAAGUGUCAUUAAUUAAUUAUUUAUAAUUCAAUCAUUUACAAUUGAUUAGAUAUAUACUGUAUAAUGAUAAUAAAAUAUGAGCAAUUGUAAAAAAACAAACCAACACUGGUCUAACUAAAAGUCUGUUUGAGAAAUGAGUUCUACACAGUGGUGUGAGAAAGUGUUUGCCUCCUUCCUGAUUUCUUUUUUUUUUUUUGCAUGUUUGUCACACUUAAAUGUUUCAGAUCAUCAAACAAAUGUAAAUAUUAGUCAAUGACAACACAACUGAACACAAAAUGCAGUUUUUAAAAGAAACUUUUUAUUAUUAAGGGAUAAAGAAAGAUCCAAACCUACAUGUCCCUGUGUGGAAAAAGUGAUUGCCCCCUAAAGCUAAUAACUGGUUGGGCCCCCCUUAGCAGCAACAACUGCAAUCAAGCGUUUGUGAUAACUUGCAAUGAGUCUCUUACAGCGCUGUGGAGGAAUUUUGCAGAAUUGUUGUCAUUCAGCCACAAUGGUGGGUUUUCCAGCAUGAAGCGCCUUUUUAAGGUCAUGCCACAGCAUCUCAAUAGGAUUCAGGUCAGGACUUGGACUAGGCCACUCCAAAGUCUUCAUCCAUUCAGAGGUGGACUUGCUGGUGUGUUUUGGAUCAUUGUCCUGCUGCAGAACCCAAGUUGCUUUCAGCUUGAGGUCACCAACAGAUGGCUGGACAUUCUCCUUCAGCAGAAUUCAUGCUUCCAUUUAUCACAGCAAGUCUUCCAGGUCCUGAAGCAGCAAAACAGCCCCAGACCAUCACACUACCACCACCAUAUUUUAAUGUUGGUAUGAUGUUCUUUUUCUGAAAUGCGGCAUUACUUUUACAUCAGAUGUAAUGGGACACACACCUUCCAAAAAGUUCAACUUUUGUCUUGUCAGACCACAGAGUAUUUUCCCAAAGGUCUUGGGGAUUAUCAAGAUGUUUUCUGGCAAAAUUGAGACAACUCGGUGGUUUUUGUCUUGGAACUCUGCCAGGCUGUUUUUGUGCCCAGUGUCUUUCUUAUGGUGGAGUCAUGAACACUGACCUUAACUGAGGCAAGUGAGGCCUGUAGUUCUUUGGAUGUUGUUGUGGGGUCUUUUGUGACCUUUUGGAUGAGUCGUCGCUGCGCUCUUGGGAUCAUUUUGGUUGGCAGGCCACUCCUGGGAAGGUUCACACUGUUUGAUGUUUUCACCAUUUGUGGAUAAUGGUUUGCUCUCACUGUAGUUUGCUGGAGGCCCAAAGCUUUAGAAAUGGCUUGCUGAUAGAUGAUAGAUGUCAAUUAAGUUAUGUCUUAACGUGGGGGCAAUUACGUUUUCACACAAGACCAUGUAGGUUUGGAUUUUUUUUCUCCCUUAAUAAUAAUAAGUUUCAUUUAAAAAGUGCAUUUUGUGUUCAGAUGUGUUGUCGUUGACUAAUAUUUACAUUUGUUUGAUGAUCUGAGACAUUUAAGUGUGACAAACAAAUAAGAAAUCAGAAGGGGACAAACACUUUUUCACACUAUGUAUUUUAUUUUAAAAACCACAGUAAAUUCAAUUAUAAAAAUCCAAAAAAGCACUGUCUCACUAAAAGCCUCAUUAUUUAUAAUUAAAUCAGUUAUUUUGUUUCUUUAUUUGACGAGAUGCUGAUGUCAUGUAAAAUAGGAAUUGAUUGUGAUGAUAGUUCUAGCAGCGUACAAGUGCAUUGCAUCCAUCAUACUGCAGGUGUUUCUAAUAUUUAGGAUGCCUCGCGAGUGGGACAAAUGAUUAGAAACACCUCCCGGUAUGAUGCAGUGCACAAUAACAAGCCGAUUGUUGAAUAAGCAAUGCCAGCGUUUCUAUUGGACGUGAUUAGAUUGUGCAGGGGUACCUAAUGUUGCGUCCCUCCCUGGUUUGUCGCAGACGCUUUUUAGACAUUUUUCUGGCCGUGUUUCUCUAGCUGAACAAAUCUGCUCAAAUGCAUCAUCGUCAUGAUAAUGUGAACAAUAUUUUCCAUGCAUAUAGUAAAUGAUUUGACUUGUCGUAGAUCUGCUUUUGCUCCCUCCCUGCAGUGUCAAACUGGCAUGUCAGUAUGUGUGUGUGUGUGCGUGCGUGUGUGUUAAUGUUUCUAUCCACUUUGCGAAAAUAAAUGUCUGUUUUUUUUGAACGUG